AGCAAGCAGGCGUUGAGGUUGCUCCAACGGCCACAAUUGUUGUUCUCAAUUUAGCUUAGUUGUCAACGUUCACAAUACAGACCCAGCCGCAAGCAGGCAGCAUCGAUAUCGUUUUCGGUUCCCGGACUCAACUCACCCAAAUCUCGCACGCAACGCCCGCCCUCACGCACUCACUUGUUCCGCUUCUCAUGACCUCGUCCACUGCAAAACCCAAGGGAAGGAUAAGUUACACGGUCAUGGCUGCUUGAACGCACAACCGUCCGAUCUAGGGUUACUAACUUCCAAUAAUACCCUCAUUCGCAUUGACAGUGGCACACACUCCAGCUAUAAAAGAGAAUUGAUUGUGGGUGGAUUGGAUUGGAUUGUGUAAGUAUAUAUAUAUAUAUAUAUAUAUAGAGAGAGAGAGAGAGAGAGAGAGAGAUGAUGAUGGGGUUGGGGUGGGUGGGUGCCAUUUUAGUAGGAGCAGGUUGGCUUGCUUUGGGUUAUUGCUUUGGUGCGCGUUACCCUCCCGCUCGCAUUGUUUUGUCAGCUAGACUAGCUAAGAAAACUGCACUUGCUAAUGAUACUAAUGGCAACAACAAGAAGAAGAAGAACAAGGACCCACUUGAGAUUGAUAACCUUGCUGACAUUCUCCAAGAUUUCAAAAUGGUUUUGGUGGUCAGAAAUGAUCUGAAGAUGGGUAAAGGGAAAAUUGCGGCUCAAUGCAGCCAUGCGACUUUGGGCCUCUAUAAAAAGCUCCUCCAUCGAGCACCCAAAGCUUUAAACAGGUGGGAGAUGUGUGCACAGCCGAAAGUUGUUGUGAAAAUUGAAAGUGAAGAAGAUAUGCUAGUUUUGCAAGAGAGGGCAAAAUCGCUGAAACUACCAACCCACAUUACAAUCGAUGCUGGCAGGACUCAAAUUGCACCAAAUUCAAGGACAGUGAUGGCUAUUCUUGGACCCAUUGAGGUGGUUGACGAUGUAACAGGUGGACUGAAACUCUUGUAGUUGUUUGAUUUAGAUGGUGUCUAUCUAAUUUACGAUGAGAUAUGAGUUGAAUCAUGCCAUGGGCACUGCAGUAUCAACCAUAUUGGAAGAAUAUCGGUGCAAUGUUAUAUUCGAAGAUCCAUUCUCUGAAGGGCCUUGACUUAGAAAUCUGCUUGUAUUCUCCGAACAAUUAUGAUGAUGACGAAAAUCUCUGAAAUGUCAUCAUUUAUUGUUAUGGAAAUUGUACUUUUAAUGUAAACGAGGUUCCAGGUUUCGGCAUUGGCAGCA